AUGCUGAAUCAACCUUUCUCGUAUCCACUACUCAAGCGCCUUUGGAACGGAUGCUCCUGGCGAUAUUGCGCGGAUGGCGGCGCGAAUAAACUGCAUGAUCCCGGACAUCCCCACCCAGCUGCCUGUCUCGCCAGGUAUCUUCCUGACCUGAUCAAGGGUGACCUGGACUCGCUGCGAAGCGAUGUGCGGGAAUAUUACACGUCCAAAAACAUCACAGUCGUGGAGGAUCACGACCAGUACUCCACCGAUCUCAUGAAGUGUAUAUCCGCACUAGCAGAGAAGGAGAAGGCCGAGGGAAUGGAGGACUCUGACCUCGUCAUAUUGGGCGGGCUCUCGGGGCGGCUCGACCAGACAGUCCACACGCUGUCGUUUCUGCACAAGCUCCGGAAGAGCAAAAGGCGGGUGUUCGCGAUAACAGACGACAGCGUAGCAUGGGUCCUUCCAGAGGGUGAGCACCGAAUACACAUCAAUCAUGACAUGCUGGGGCCUACGUGCGGCCUGCUACCCCUCGGCGUCGACUCCACCAUCCUCUCAACGACAGGUCUCAGAUGGAACCUCACCGACACGGAGUCGUCCUUCGACGGCCUCGUCUCCACGUCAAAUCACCUUGUGCCUGAAGAGGAGUUUGUCUGGGUGAAGACGAGCAGGCCAAUCUGGUGGACCGCCGAGUUGCGGGCGUCGGGGCUGGCGGAGUGA